AUGAACAAUUACACCAAGAAUGAAACAAGACCGAGUCCACCUUACACCAAGACUGAGACAAGAUCGUGUCCACCUUACACCAAGACCCAGACAAGACCAAGCCAACCUUACAACAAGACUGAGACAAGACCAAGCCAACCUUACACCAAGACUGAGACAAGACCGAGUCCACCUUACACCAAGAAUGAAACAAGACCAAGUCCACCUUACACCAAGACUGAGACAAUAUCAAGUCCACCUUACACCAAGAAUGAAACAAGACCGAGUCCACCUUACACCAAGACUGAGACAAGAUCGAGUCCACCUUACACCAAGACUGAGACAAGACCAAGUCCACCUUACACCAAGACCGAGACAAGAUCGAGUCCACCUUACACCAAGACUGAGACAAGAUCAAGUCCAUCUUACACCAAGACUGAGACAAGACCAGGUCCACCUUACACCAAGACCCAGACAAGAUCAAGUCCACCUUACACCAAGACUGAGACAAGACCGAGUCCACCUUACACCAAGACCGAGACAAAACCGAGUCCACCUUACACCAAGACCCAGAAAAGACUGAGUCCAUCUUACACCAAGACUGAGACAAGAUCAAGUCCAUCUUACACCAAGACCCAGACAAGACCAAGUCCACCUUACAUCAAGACCCAGACAAGAUCAAGUCCACCUUACACCAAGACCCAGACAAGACCGAGUCCAUCUUACACCAAGACCCAGACAAGACCGAGUCCAUCUUACACUAAGACCCAGACAAGACCAAGUCCAUCUUACACCAAGACUGAGACAAGAUCAAGUCCACCUUACACCAAGACUGAGACAAGAUCAAGUCCAUCUUACACCAAGACUGAGACAAGACCAAGCCAACCUUACACCAAGACUGAGACAAGAUCAAGUCCAUCUUACACCAAGACCCAAACAAGACCAAGUCCACCAUAA